CUACCAUCUCCAAACUGUGCACAUGGAUAUUAUAUUUCUUCAAAAUAGUAGUUUAGUUUUUUUUGUCGUAGGCUGUGAAAAGUUUUAGUGAAAUAAUAAGAAUUUCAGUACAAACGCUGAACUGGAAGCUACUAUAUAAGCCAAAUAAUUGUAGACGAAAUCGUGCAUUUGUUAUAAAUUAUAUUUUUUGCCUCCAUUUACUUGGCGCAAUUUUCGUGCUGGCAAUGUAAUCACUCCGAGCUGACGACAAGUGCUGGUGACCUAGAUUUUGGGAGUCCUGCGCUUGAAACACCACCGCCACCGCAAUACUCUGCUCCGUUCGCCUGUUAAUCCUUCCUGCAGCAACAAAGUAAAGGUCACAAAUCGCGAGGCAAGCCUUUUUUUGGGUUAGCGGAGUCAGAGAUCACAACGAGCUUAGAACGUACUAUAUGACCAGGUGACCAGGACAUGCUGACAUGCGUAACAACAGCGGCUAUAAUAUCCCGGCCAGCAACAGUCUGAACAACAACGCAGCACCUGCCCCACGUUACUGCAAUGCGGACAAUACGUUUUGCUACUAUAACUACGAUAACUGCAACCUGAUUGCUCCCGGAUGGAGUAGCCGUCAGAGCCAGAAUCAAAAUCAAGUUCCCAACCAGAACCACAACCUGCCGUCAAAGCGAAUUCCCACCAAGCAAGCUGCCAGAUCAAACUACCAUCAAUCGGCGGCCAAUUCGGCGCCGGAUUCCUCGCUUUACGCCGAUGCAUUUGGCCAGCACUCCCUGGUCAACCAGCGUAUAGCUGGCAACAAGAGCUGCGAGUACGUCUACCAGUCUGUUCGACGAUCGGAGGAUCAGCAUUCCAAUGGGCAGUACAAGCUGACAAGGCCCUAUGCUGCUGACAAGGAGCAACAGCAGAUGUUGCUGCAGUCAUCCAUCGUUUACUUCGAUCCGGAGCUAAAGAAACGGAAAGCCCGGGCGGGACGUGUGUCCUCUGAUUAUCUGGACAAUAGUCCGGACCGAUUUCGGGCCCUCAAUUCCCCCUCACCAGAGCCGACCUGGGAUACCAUACUCUCAGAACGGCCGACCCAAUAUCAGACGACAAACCAGCACUAUCAGCACUAUUUUUCGUACUUUUACAAUCGUGGAGCGGAGAAAUUGUCGAAGUCCCCGGUUGUCGUUGCCAAUAGCCGCAAACUGCCAAUGAGUAAAUUCCAAAAGUCCGGUGCCAGUCGCAGGGAUUCGCGAGAUGUCGAUGACACCGUCAUUAUUGGUCGAAGGGACAAUUCGGAGGACAGGAGCUGGCAGAGUCCAAAAUAUGAGAAGAACGUUCUGAAGGAGAAGCUGCCGAGCAAUGAUGUGGAAGCGGAUUACCUGGAUAAUGGCUGGGGAGAAACCGGGAGUGGCGACGAUUACAGGGAUAUCAAGGAUGGCUAUGACCCAGCCAUUGUUAUAGAUAACGGCCUGGAUCAGGUCCAUCGACGCUAUUGCAGAAUGACCGAGAAUACGGUCCUGGAUGAUUUGGGAGAUACUCUAAUCAAUAACAACAAUAAUGAAUUGAAAGUCAUACGGAAAUCGACAGAUCAACCCGUGCCCCGGUUGCCGAUGACGCCAAAGAGGGCCAAAGGUGGAGCCGUGUCCGUCAAGAAACCAAUGCCCACGGUUCACCGGGUUCUGCUGUACAGCACACAAAGUCCACGGAUGGGCCGAAAGCAACAGUUUGCCACCCAGCGUCUUAGUAUAAAACAGCAAAACUCCAAAUCAUUAGGUGGCGGCGACGAGGGACAAACGGUUAUAUUGCUGGAGUCGGACUCAAAACAGGAAGACCACCGCAGUGUCAUUGACUUUGAUCGUAAUGAUGACUUCGACGAAGAUGAUGACCUCGACAAUCUUUCAAAUUUUGACGAAAGCGACACAGCAAGUGUCAUCUCGGACACCGAAGACGGUUAUCGUGCCCAUGCCUACAAGUUAACACAUUCCGUGGAUCGGUUUUCAUCACCCCAAAGCACGCCCAGCUUUUUGUCUUCUCAAUCUUCUGAGGAUGAUCUUAAAAAUCCGGAUUCCCUCCUCGUUCCCAGUUUGUUUCCCUACGUUCCCCCCUAUCUGUCCUUCUCGUCGAACACAAAAAAGGGUCCGCGCGUGCCGCCGGAUCUUCAUCGAGUACUGAAGUGGCGCAUCACAAAUAUAAUGCCAAAGGUUGUUCGCCUGAUUCUGGCCAACAGCGGAAUGCGAAUGUUGAAAAAAACCAAUGAUUGGAUGGGUGUUUGGGGCAAGCAUUUAAAGUCGCCGUGCUUUAAGGCCAUUCGGUCAUACCAAAAAAUCAACCAUUUACCUGGCUCAUUUCGCAUCGGUCGAAAGGAUUCGUGCUGGAAAAAUCUCCAAAGGCAGAUGGGCAAGCACAGCAACAAGGAAUUCGGAUUCAUGCCUCGCACCUAUAUUAUUCCCAAUGAUCUGGGUGCAUUGCGCAGGCACUGGCCGAAGUAUUCCCAGCGAAAUACGAAGUGGAUUAUAAAGCCACCGGCCAGUGCUCGGGGUGCUGGAAUUAGAGUUAUUAACCGGUGGGGUCAGAUCCCCAAGCGAAGGCCCCUUAUCGUACAGAAGUAUAUUGAACGGCCACUUCUUAUAAAUGGAAGCAAAUUUGACCUGCGUCUAUAUGUCCUUGUAACAUCUGUUAAUCCCUUGCGAGUUUUCAUGUAUCACAACGGAUUGGCUCGAUUUGCUUCUGUGAAGUACAGUGCUAAGACGGACACUUUAAAUGAUCGGUGUAUGCACUUGACCAACUACAGCAUCAACAAGUUCUCCUCGAAUUAUUCAAAAAACGAAGAUGUCAAUGCCUGUCACGGGCAUAAGUGGACCAUCAAGUCUCUGUGGACGUAUUUGGCAAACCGAGGGGUUCGUACUGACUGCCUGUGGGAAGCUCUUCGAAGUUUGGUCCUUCGUACGAUUCUUGCUGGCGAGAAUGGGAUUAACAGCAUGAUCAGAGCAAAUGUAGAAUCCAAAUACAGCUGCUUCGAGCUGUUUGGCUUUGAUGUAAUUUUGGACUCCGACCUGGUUCCUUGGCUUUUGGAAGUUAAUAUAUCUCCGAGCUUACACUCGGAACUGCCACUAGAUGCCCAUGUCAAGGCUCCUUUAGUGCAGGGCGUUCUGAACACGGCUUUGUACAACGUACCUCCAAAACUAUCUUUGGAUAAGCAAAAAGAACUGGCCGCAGAAUUUUCUUUUCCUCCUGGCACGCAAAUGUGUUACGACAAACGGCUUUAUAUCAACUAUUUAUCUCGCGAAGAAAAGGUAAAACAUAACACCUUCACAAGAAAGUCUAUGGAAGAUCGAAACGAGUAUGUAAAUGCGAUCCUGAAUAAUCUUACUCCCGAUGAUGUGCGGUGCCUUAUCAUAGCCGAGGAUGAACUGGCACGAUGUGCACCAUUGGAACGUAUUUUUCCAACAGAUCAAACCUAUAAGUACCUUAAAUACAACGACAGUCCACGGUAUUAUAAUCGCCUUUUGGAUGCCUGGGAAUCGCGCUACGCUAACAAUCGCACAGAAGGCAUUGCGUUGUUGCGCGACUAUUGUCAAAACAAAUAUCACCUUCAGGUCCCAACACCUCCAGCUAAAAAGGACUUGAACGAUGAAGAAAUAAGCUUAGUGGCUCCAACAACUAGAAGAGAUGAUCCCGAACCCUAGCAUCUGCAUUUUCUGCUCUUGACCAGACUUUUAUAUUCAAUCAGGAAUAAUCUAUUUACUGAUAAACGCCCCGUUUGGACUGUAGCAAACAACUUUUGAAUUUAAAACUGAAUUUUAGGAUUACACGGUAUCGCACGUGUUCAGCAACCAUUAAAAUUUGUAUGUAGUUCAAAUAUUAUUAGUAAAAGUUAAACAGUGAAUUAUUAAAUUAUAUGUUAACUAAAUAAA